UACUAAAUAGUAGCAUCUAGCAAGGUUUGAGAUUUGCUGGAGCUCCAUGAUGUCAUUAUGAAUCCAAGUGAUCUUGCAGGUCACCCAUUCCAUCUAAUGCGACUAUUAAAGGUGUCUUGAAGCCUUUAGGUAAAGGUGAAUGAUGCACCAUUGAGGAGAAAAGAAAUUUUCCAAUUCCAAUGUUUGGCUCAUCCUUUUGGAUGCUAAGAUGUCUAAGGGCUUAUUUGAGACCAUGUAGUAAAAUACUCACUAAGUUGUUAUCUGAUACCUUCUCGAAAAAGGCUCAUCAAACAUUCAAAUCAUUAGGUAAAUUUGGUCUUUAAGCUUUGGUACCUCGAGUUGACUAGCUUGUCAAAUACAGUUUCAAGCCAUCACGUGAUAGAAUUGAAUUAAUGGUAUCUACUCAAUGUGAGUUAUCAUUUGCAUGUCAAGAGUUAUGUGAGUUUUCUGCUACUCGUCGAGACUUGGCUCAUGACAUGCGUUUUUAUUUGUAUAUCACAUGUUGGAACCUUGACAGGAUGCAACAUGUCUAUGGCAUGCACGCCAAGAAAGAUUUUGGGUCCUCCUUUUGGAAACACCCUAUUAUUGUUUUUUUGGUGAAGAUAAGAGGUACUCUUACAAGAAGCUUGUGCCGUCGUUAUCAGUUUACCAAAUGGAAGGGGACUUGAGCCCUUAAUGGUGCAACGGGGGAAAUUUUGCACAUUUGUUGGAUUCAGGUGUCGUUGAUAUUGCUACAACAUUCAGUAGCAUUAUCCAACAGUGCAUUCAUAUCAGGUGUCACUGGUCAAACCUAAAUUAUUGUGCUUGACAUAAGCAAGGCAACGUCUUCCCUUACACUAUCAACCAUAUUUUGAAAAAUGAACUCCCCAGCCUUGACAGCAACUCACCCCCAACCCUUUCUUCCACACAAAAGCCCUUUUACCUCUCCUAAUCAAACUUGUCUCCCAACAAAAACACAACAAAGCUCCCAACAAACCAACAAGAAUAACACAGACCCCACAGUCCAAUGGACCUCCUCCAUAUCGCGCCACUGCCGGAACGGCCACUUACACCAAGCUGUUUCGGAAUUCUCUCGCAUGAAACUAUCUGGGGUCAACCCCAAUCACAUCACUUUCGUCACCCUUAUUUCAAAUUGCGCUGAUUUUCCAUCAGAAUCUUCGUCUUUUGGUUCUAUGAUACAUGGACUUGUUUGCAAACUGGGCUUGGAUAAAAAUAAUGUGAAAGUCGGAACGGCACUUGUGGAAAUGUAUGCGAAAUUCGGUAGAAUGGAUUUGGCUAAGGCGGUUUUCGAUGCAGUGAAGAUGAAGAAUUCUUUUUCUUGGAAUACGAUGAUAGAUGGUUAUAUGAGGAAUGGAGAUAUGCACUCUGCAGUUAAAGUGUUUGAUGAAAGUCCCGUGAGAGACAUAGUAUCAUGGACUGCGAUGGUUAAUGGGUUUGUUAAGGGAGGUUAUGUUGAGGAAGCAUUAGAAUGCUUUCGAGAAAUGCAGAUAUCUGGGGUGGAGCUGGAUUAUGUAGCCAUUAUCGCUGUACUUACCGCCUGUGCUGACAUUGGCACGCUUGGUUUAGGCUUGUGGGUGCAUCGUUUUGUUCUAAAGCAAGACUUUAAGGACAAUAUCAGGGUGAAUAAUUCGUUGAUUGAUGUGUAUUCUAGAUGUGGGUGUAUUGAAUUUGCUCGUCAAGUUUUUCAGGGGAUGCAGAAGCGAACGUUGGUGUCUUGGAACUCCAUCAUUGUGGGAUUAGCUGUUAACGGAUUUGCAGAGGAAGCUUUAGAGUAUUUCAAUUUGAUGCAGAAAGAAGGAUUCAAUCCUGAUGGAGUCAGUUUCACUGGAGCACUAACUGCGUGUAGCCAUGCUGGUUUAAUUGAUAAAGGACUCCAGUAUUUUGAUGUUAUGCAUAAAGCCUAUAGAAUCUCUCCCCGGAUUGAGCAUUACGGAUGCUUGGUAGAUCUUUACAGUCGAGCAGGGAGACUGGAGGAUGCAUUGAAAGUCAUAGAAAACAUGCCCAUGAAGCCAAACGGAGUUGUUUUGAGCUCAUUGCUGGCUGCAUGUAGCAGUCUAGGAGAUAUUACCUUAGCUGAGAGGUCGAUCAAGUACCUCGUUGACUUGGACCCCGGUGUUGAUUCCAAUUAUGUGCUCCUUGCUAAUAUGUAUGCGGCAAUUGGGAGAUGGGAUGGUGCAAGCAAGAUUAGGAGGACAAUGAAAAGUCUUGGUAUACAGAAGAAGCCAGGGAUUAGUUCAGUUGAGAUUGGGAGUAGCUUCUAUGAAUUUGUGGCUGGUGAUAAGUCCCAUGUAGAAACAGAACAUAUUUAUGCGAUGCUGGAUCUUCUUUCUUUCGAUUUAAGAUUGCUUGGCUAUGUUCCAGAAACUGUGACUAGUGACCUAUAUGAAAAUGAUUAAACUUGGUAGAGAUUGAGGUUAGACUUCAGCUUCAGCCUUUGAAGGAUUUGUACUCGUUAGUCAUAUUUCAGUAGAAUUUUAUCUCAUCAAAGAUUGUGGAUUAUAUUAAAACAAAUUAAAUUUCCCAAAAAUGCCAAUA